AUCAAUAUAAUCACAAUAGCUCAGAGCCCCCAGUUAGGAAAAUCUCUAACAUUCAGAGAGAGAUAUAAAAUAUCUCAUAACAUCCUUGACCUAAUUCAAAGUUUAGCAUAUCUCUAGCUAUUCCCUAAUCUCUUUUAUGUUUGUUGCAAAAUCAGAAUAUAGGAAACAUUUGAAUAAGGGGAGUAAAUGCAAUACAUUGUAGUGUCAGUUGCUACAAAGGAACUGAGAAAAAACUUAGAGGGAAACUUCCCUCUAUCUUUGAAUGGGUGUAUAUAACUGAUAGCUUCAGGUCAAGCCCUCUUUUCUAAGAUUCUUUCAAAGCCCAAUGACAUGCCUCAGUCCUUCCCUUCUCUGCUAAAAUUCAGUCUUCAUGUCAGUUUCUCUUUCUGAUUUCUCUACUUUAGUUUACCAUUUUAAUUAUUUUCCCAUGCUCCCAAUUUUUCUAGCUUAGUUUAUCAAAUCCCAGGCAGAAUUGGCUGCUGAUUUUAAGCUCUUGCAGUUCCACUCACUUCUCUCACCCACUCUCUUGCAGAGAAUGAGUCCCUUUAAGAAUUCCUGGAACUCAAAUUAGUUCAAAUAUGGUGCCCAAAUCAGACUCCAAGACAAAGGAUAUGUUUGUCCUUCUAAACUACAAAUCCCAAGAUGUUGUUCAGCUCUUAAACACUGAUGAUAUAAAGAAAAUAGGAUCUGAGGAUAAAGAUACUUCUUUCUUAUGUCCACAUCCUUUCAUUUUAUAGUUUUUAAGAAAGAAAACACAUUAUCCUUCUAAUAUCACUUAUAAUUGAUGGUUUAUUUGUUUGGGGGACUUUUUGGUUAAAGUUCACUUUAAAACUAUGUUGGACUUAGAACUUUGCCAAUCCCCAUUUGGAGUCUUUUGUAUUCCUGCAUACUACAGGAUAAGAGGUUAGAGAAAGUUGUUAUCAAAACAAUUUCCCUUUAUCUCAUUUUCUAAUGAAUAGUUUCAAUAUUUUAAGGCCCUUAGCCUUUCAAAAAAGCAGAACUAAAUCCCUAAUCUUAAAUCGCCUUGUGAGGACUUUUCACAGGCUGAAAAGGAAAUGAGAUAUCUUCUAUCCCAUUCCUGUUCAUCCCAUGACAAACCAGUUAAUGGGAAUUGGAUUCAAUGAAAAUGUGUGCUGUCUUGUGUUCCUUCAGCAUCUUCUCUCCUUACAAGCUCUGCCUUCUCACCUAUCUACUGCAGACAUAUUCAAGAUUAAUUAACAAAGGGAUGAUGAUUUAAUAAUCUCUUUCUGAGCAACAAAAAACUGCCAAUCAACUUAGCUUCUGAAGUCAAUCUGAUUCUUUAAAAACCACUCAGAGUGAACCUGCAGGAUUAAUUGAUAAAAACACUUACAACAAUGUUGUUUUCUUCAUAGAGGAGAAAUGAUAGAUAAAGUCAAGUGAGUGAGUGAAAGUCUUUUGGGAGCCUAAAGAAAGGAAAUGAAGGCCAGCAACAAAACCCUGGGGAAAUAACAAGACUGAAAAAGGUGAAUGGAUCUAAUGUGAAAUGAGACAGAAAGGAGAAGGGAGAAGGAUUAACAAGCAAACAAAGCUAAGUGAGCUGCCCAUCAGAGGAACUUCACGCAGGGAGAGCUGUAUGAGGACUCUACAAUAAAGGGAAAGGACAGCAGGACCCUACGGUGCCAAAGGUUGAGUAUAUUUCAGGGAAGGUUUUUUUCACUACCAAUGUCGGUUUAACAAUGCUGAAGCAACUAAAAUCUGCAGAAAGACUAUUCUUGCUGCUUAAAAGGCAACCUCCGCUAAUCAUUCCUUCUGGAAGGAAAGGAAAAAUAUUUAAUGAAAUUCAAAGACUUGUAACUGAGGAUCCCAUGUGUUGGGUACAUGCUAUUUCAAUUUGGAGAAGUCUUUUAGAACUGGAAGAAAAACUUCCACUUGAAGUGUCCAAACCCCACAAAAGGACAGCCAGGGAAAAUGAAAACAUCAUCACUAAGAAGUUGAAAAUAGAACAAACACUAGUGAUACUAGGAGAUACAGAAUGCCAACUGGAAAAGCAAAAAAAUGACAAGCCCCAGGAACAUGAAAAUCUGAAGACUGAAAAAGAAAACUUUCAAGAAGAGUCAGAAAAUGAUGGGGAGAAAGGAGCUGAUCACCAAGGCCAAUUCACUUUCAGAGUCUCUUGUCGCUGUAGUGGAACAAUUGCAAAAACAUUUACCACAGAGGAGGUGGGAAGAGUUAUAGGAAUUGCUCUUAUAAAACAGUUUGGCUGGAAAGCAGAUUUGAGAAACCCCAAAUUAGAGAUAUUUAUACAUCUAAAUGACAUUUAUUCCGUGGUGGGGAUUCCUGUUUUCAGACUUCCUUUGGCAAGCAGAGCUUACAUCAAGGUGGCAGGACUUCGUUCUACUAUAGCUUGGACAAUGGCAUCUCUUGCUGAAAUCAAUGUUGGUGCAGUGGUUUUGGAUCCAAUGUGUGGACUUGGAACUAUCCUAUUGGAAGCUGCUAAGGAAUGGCCUAAUGCAUAUUAUUUGGGGGCUGAUGUAAGUGAUUCACAGUUAUCAGGUGCAUGCGACAAUCUAAAAUCUGCUGGUCUUGUGGAUAGAAUAGAAUUACUUAAAUUCUCUGUAACAGAAUUGCCAUUACUUUCUAAAAGUGUUGAUGUCAUUAUUUCUGAUAUUCCAUUUGGAAAAAAAUUUAAAUUAGGAAAAGACAUAAAAAGCAUUCUUCAUGAAAUGGAAAGAGUACUCUGUGUUGGAGGGACUAUUGUAUUGCUGCUCAGUGAAGAACUCCACAGGAACCUACAAGGUGGUAAGGAAAGUAACGUCCUGUGGAACUCCAGUAAGGCCAACACAGACGAAUUCAAAAUUCCAAAGUUUGCGAAUGACCAAGAAAAUAAUGGAAUUCAAGAGAAUGUUUCAUCUUCAUCUCAAGACCAUAGACAAGAAUGUUUGGACCAAGAGCCCAUUUUUGGCACUUUGGUACAAAUGGAAAGCCACAAAGUUAGCCUUGGAAGAACUGAGGCAUUCAUAUUGAAAUACAAGAAAAUCCAUGCUUCUGGACUACAACAGCCUUCUUGAUUUGAUUCAGUAUAUUGCACCACCCAGAUGAAGGAGAAUGUCAGUGGACUGAUCAUGCAAAUGUCAACAAUGCCAACAUUUAGGAUAAUAAGAAAUAAAAUUAAUUUUUAAAAUA